AUGGGACUAGGGUCAAGCGAGGCUUCCCUCUCAACAUUGACGCUUGCGUUGCAUCAAUCUCCGCCAUUGAAGGGACUGGCUGCUGCCCACCACCUAGCUUCAAUAUUGGAGCAGGCAGUCCCAAGUUUGACUGCCGACGCAGUAAAGCAGUUUCUGUGGCAGCUUCUGCAUCCUUCGGCACACUCCUACGGGUCCCAGAUGGCUGAAUUAGUGUUUGGCUUGAUUUCCAACAACCUCGUGGCAGCCGAGGGCAUGAAGCACUUCUUGAACUAUGUGACGCGUCACAUUCCUCAGCGCACCGUACAUGCGCUUUUCUGCGUCGACACCAUCACCGUUGAUGCCGUCGCGAUCAAGUUGCUCAACACCGCUGUAGAGAACGGCGAUGAGUCGGCCUUGGAAAUCCUUCUUGAAGCGGGCAUCAACCAGAAGAGGAUUGCGGGGCGCAAAGGCACUGAUUUACUCCGAGCUGCCAUCCAAGCCGAGAAGGUGAAAGUUGCGGAACGUCUUCUUUGUGCGGGAACAAACCCGAACCCAGGGGAGCUCGUUGACGUAGCGUGGGGGACGUACAACUCGACAACACCAUUGCAUGCCGCUGUCUCUCUAGGAGAAACCGAUCUGGUGAAACGAUUGCUGGAUGCCGGCGCCCAAGUUGACCGACCCGACCUGAACGGCAACACGGCUCUUGCACUUGCCGUUAAGCACGGGGAGUUGGCGUGUGCAUCGCUGCUCCUCGGCGCCGGGGCCGACGUGACAACGCGUGGUGCGCUCGAUUACGCUUUUCUUGUUCAGGGCUCGGACAUGUGUCAGCUGCUGUCGGAACGGAGUGCUGAAAACCAGCAAAUGUCGGUUUCUCUGUGGGAAAUUCUCUCUGCUGCACGACGGGGAGUCCGUCCUCUGCAGGCCUACUUGCAAGACCGGAUACACGUCCCCGAAGCAGUGCGACAAGAAUUUCUGGAAAAGGCUCUGGUGAGUGCAUGCUGCUACCCCAGGCACGAGGCAGCCGUCGACGCCCUGCUCGCUUCUGGAGUUGACCCCAACGUCGAAGAGCUCAUGUCGAAUGCCGGUGGGAUGUCUCCACUGUAUUGGGCUGUGUGGGAUGGAUCAAGCCGCGCUGUCGGAAGUCUCCUGGGACGUGGAGCCAAGGUCUCUGGCGACGUGAUCCAGGCGGCGUCUACAUCCUUGUAUAUGCUCCGGAUCCUCACUGACCAUGGGGUGAGGCUGGAUCUUCUCGGUAAAUUUGGGCUGCCGGCUGCUCUCCUAGCACACAACAUGAAUACUCUCAGGUUCCUACUACAGGCUGGAGCAGAUGUGGAUAGCCUGGGAACUUUCAACCGAGAGAGUCCCAUUGAAAUGGCUGUAUCGGGGGGAAAUUUGCAGGCAGUGAAACUCCUGAUAUUGUCAGGCGCUGACAAGAACGAUUACUUGAUGGGUCGGGCCGCGAACAGAGCCGCGGCCCUCGGAAGGCUGGAAAUUCCCAAGGCCUUGGUUGAGUCGGGCGUCCCGAUCAACGAGCCAACUAAUAGGGGAGCGACGGUCUUGGAAGCAUGCGCACGCUGCCGGUUGGCGUGCCGCUCGGAAAUCUUCCACUAUCUGCUGGAGGCGGGAACUGAGAUCCUGCACGCUGGACACAACGACCCAUACCGCGAAUGCGAUUCACUGCUCACCGAGCUCAUCAAGCAUCCCCAGGACGACGGACUCGUCCGUUUAGUACUGGACGCAGGCGUUCAAGUCAAUGUCAGAGGCAUUGGGCGCUAUAGUCAGACGGCGAUUCAAGCAGCGGCGGCUCAAGGCGACCUUGACCUCGUCAAGGAGCUCUGCAGAAGGGGGGCGGAGAUUAAUGCACCAGCUGGAUUCGCAUACCAAAGAACGGCCCUGCAGGCCGCCUGUAACAGAACUGUUGUCAACAUGGACCUGGUGAAGUUUCUACUGGAACAGGGAGCAGACGUUAACGCCAAAGGGGGAACUUGCGGCGGCGUUACUGCUCUCCAAGCUGCGGCGAUUCAAGGCCACACCAACCUCGCCAUCAUGCUCAUCAAGGACUUCGGGGCCGAUGUGAAUGCCGAUCCGGCCAUCCAGGACGGACGGACAGCCCUUGAAGGUGCAGCGGAGCACGGCCGGCUCGAUCUAGUACAGAUCUUGCUCAAUGCAGGCGCAAAACCACGCAAGGGAGAGGCUGGGUUUAAGAAUGUCAUAAAGCUCGCGGAAGAGCAAGCAGAAGGGCGCUGGGCGGUGGCAGACCUUGUUAGGUCAUAUGAACGUGGUUUGAACCAAGUGUAG